UGAAUUCCCUGUGACCUGUGUUUUUAGUGGGAUAUGUUAUUGAUUACGGAUCAGGAAGAGUUAAUGUUGACAUUAUAAUAACCUGCAUGUAGAAAGAUAAUGCUAUAUUCUGAAUGAUGUAGUGGGUAUUUUCUUCUAGCUCACUAGAAGCAGACAGGAGCUCAGAAGACAAUGACAAACACACUGACAGGAAAAGGAAGAUCCUAUCAGUACGAUUCACAAGGUAGCUUUGACUGGGAUGAGUAUCUGAAGGAAAAUGAUGGUGUACCUGCACCCCAGUCUUGUUUUAAACAGUCAGUAGAACCACCUGUUAAUGAGUUCAAACUGAACCAGAAGAUUGAGGCCGUUGACCCCCGUAACCUGACCUCAAUAUGCGUGGCGACUGUGGUGGGGAUGAUUGGCCCUCGUCUCCGCCUGCGACUGGACGGCAGUGAUAACACGAAUGACUUCUGGAGGCUGGUGGACUCCGCAGAUCUACACCCUGUGGGGUUCUGUGAAAAAACAGGAAGACUCUUACAACCUCCUUUAGGUUUCUGCAAGAACCCAACGUUAUGGCCAUCAUUUCUGCAGAAGACUUUGACAGGAGCAGAGAGAUCUCCUGAGGGCUGCUUUAAAAAGGAGCCCUCCACGCCAAAAACAAAUGAAUUCAAAAUUGGUAUGAAGCUAGAGGCUGUCGACAGAAAGAACCCCCAGUUGAUUUGUCCAGCAACCGUUGGUGCAGUGAAGGGAGAGGAGGUUCAUGUCACAUUUGAUGGCUGGAGGGGAGCUUUCGAUUACUGGACCAGGCGCGAUACACGGGAUCUGUUUCCUGUGGGUUGGUGUGCGAUGAGUGGACACCCACUUCAGCCCCCAGGGCAAAAAGGUACCCCCCAGGUAAAGAGUAAAUCUCGGGAGUCAUCUGUGUCCCAGUCUGCUCACUCUCCCGGAAAUCAGAGCAACACAUCCAAAUCCUCUUCCUCCUCCUCCUCCUCUGGUCCCACCAGUCCAAACCUCCCCCAUGAUAGAUCUGUGUCCCCUCUCCAGGCAGAAUCUCCCGUUAUUACUGUUACGGAGCCCGACACCAGCUCAUCCACCACGGCCACAGACAAAGUCACCAUCUUUGUAAAUCACAACUGCAGCUGUGGCAUCUUACUGAAUCCCAAAAAGAUAGAACAGCUUCCUAGUCAGUAUGGCCCGGGUGCUUACCAGAAAGUACUAAGGGAGGUCAUCCAGGCCUGUGUGGAUUGUGCUAAUCACGAAAAACAGGUGUACAACUUCAUUCAGGAUGGUAAUGGCAAGAUCGUUAUCACAGCAAACCAGGGCAACAAGACACAUACAAAGCGACUUCCACCUAUAGAAAAGGUGUCGGAUGUCUGGCGCUUCGUAGAGAAAUCGCUGGAGGAGCUGGGCUGUUGUGAGAAUCUCUUUGCCAGUCAGCCAUUACAUGGAUACUGUGCUCAGUGUAACAGGGACAAGAAGACAGGUAGUGAUUUUAAGAAGCCCCUAGAGUCAGAAGAAUACGAGAAUCGGACAUCCAUCAACAGAGCACUGAAGAGGCGGUGGUCGUCAGAUUCUGUGGAAAAUCAGGCCCUGAAGACACAGCAGAAGAUCAGGAGGUUUUCUGCCUACGAUUCCGCAGAAGCCAGUUCCACAACAGAUAGCAGACCUCCUCCCCGUAAGCUGUCGUCCGAUCCUAAUGAUUGGACGAUAGAUGAUGUGGCUCAGUACAUUUCAGAAGUGGACUCAACGCUGGCUACACACACUGAAGUCUUCAGGAAACAUGAAAUAGAUGGUGGCGCCUUCAUGCUGUUGAACAGUGACAUGAUGAUGAAGUACCUAGGACUGAAACUGGGACCAGUGCUGAAGCUGGGCAAUAUCAUAGAGAAGCUGAGGGGCAAGAAGAGUUCCCAUUAGUCCCGGGAAGCUGAGGGGCAAGAAGAGUUCCCACUAGUCCCGGGAAGCUGAGGGGCAAGAAGAGUUCCCACUAGUCCCGGAUUCCUCGCCACCAGCAGACGGUCUUCAAAAUUUGUCAUGUUGCGCUGUGUUUCAUCUGUGUCUUGUACUGACUUGUGGUUCAUUCACGAUCACCAUCCACUAAUGUAUCCCUCGAGGCAUGUAUAUAUGUACAUUUAGUGAUAAUUAGAUGUGACGAAGGACAAUUUGUCGACACAUGUCGUAGUUGUAGAAAUCACAUGUACACAUAAGUUAUUCAUUUUAUGAUAUACAUUAUUAAUAAUUAUGCACAUAGUUCAUUUAGGCAUAUGGAUUGUUGAUAUGCAUCUUUUUCAACGCUGAAUUUCUACAGCACAGAAAUGUGUAGACACUGGCUUUAAAGUGAAUAUUAGCCAAGAUGUUAUAAUCAUGAUAAAGUGAUUUGAAAAGUUUCUUCCCCUUAUUUAAAGCAAAGCAAAAUUUCCUAAGUGGAGGAAGUUUGAAUUUGAUGCAAAAAUAUUUUGAUAGGCAUUGUUGUGGUUCGCUAUUAAUAUUGAACGGUGUUAUUCUGUUGCUGACUGGGUUUUUUUAUGCUUGGAAUGCUUAACUUUUACGAGAAUGACUAAAAUACUGUUAUCAAAUCUCUAUGCAUACGACAUAUAGAACAAUCAUGUUUACAUCUCUGCAAUUAAAAUAUAUUUUUAGUGCCAUUUAUUUUUCUCCCCAUCACGUACAUCAUUUUCAUCAUCGGACUCAUUUCUACUCAUCAAGAAUACGUAUAUUGUUAUUGUUACAAAUUUUUUUUUUGUAUAGUGAUGAGCAGAACUUGUUAUAUCUGAAUGCAUUGUUAAAAUAUUAGAUUUUUCAAUUGUUAAAUCCAGAUUGUUGACUCCAGGCUGUGCCUGUAUGGUAGGAACUUUAAAAGUGAUUAAUAAUCAAGCUAUGUUAAUGUGCACCUGUCGUAAGGAGAAUUUUACAGGUUAUUCUAUGUGUUGUCUAUUUCAUGCAUAUUUUUUCCGUAGUGAUUUCGAAAUCAGAACAUUUCAGCAACUGAAGACUUUCAGUGAUUAAAUAAUAUAGCAUAAUCUCAAAAUGCAGGAGAUUUUGAUGUUGCAGAAAGUUGUUUCUGAACAGAUGGUGUGCCUCAUUUGCUUUGUACAUAUAAACCCAUAUUUAUGUUAGUGAUCUUCAUUCGAGUGUACACUUAAGUUACAGUAUUGAACAUGUUUUAUCGUAUACUUUCGCUUGACAUAUUUGUUCCACCAAGCAGAUUAAAACUUCAGCUCUGUGUUCCAUGCUUUUAAUGCAUCUAAGUGUUUUAGGUUUCCAUGAAGUCAUUAAUCAAAUUAUGAUUUAUAAUUUGAAUAAGCCGAGACCCUUCUUGCAUAUUUAUUGCUUUGUGAAUUAAAGCGACGGUAUUUAUUGAACUCUUACAUUGUCACUCAGAUUAUUAUCUUGGUUGUCAAUACUUGUAAUGAUAACUUCAUGUACAUAAAGUUUGCAUUGUGUAUGUACAUAAAAUGUACUAGAAUUAGUUUUCAAUUUCAAUCUUUUUUUUAAUUCAGGGUUUAUGUAUUAGUUGAAUGUGUGAGAGACUGUUGAUGGUGUUAUUCAGUGUUACAUGUACACCUGGGGAAUAACGAGCGGUAUAGUGCGUACAGUGUAUGGUUACUUAAUACAUGUACAUACUCAUACUUUGGAAUAUCUGUAUUGCUAGGGUUUUGCAUUUUUUUUUUUUAAAUCUUUCUAGAUGUAAAGCAUACAAAUAUAGUUUUCCUAUGACUGAAUAUAUAUGUUCACACUUUUUAAUUGAAAAUUCAUCCCUGUUAAAAUCUUGAAUUGCUCGGGAUUUAUUUUUUGUGUUAAUAUUUCUGUUUCAUUCUAUUUAGUCUGAAAUGAUCAAUUUAAUUGACAUUAGAUGAUAUAUUUGCUCACAUACUUGCAUGAGUAUGCAAGCAGAUCUAACAUGUGUUGAUUAGAUUGGAAGUGAUAAGUAGAUUCUAGUUUUUGAAAAUGGAUACAUUGUUUAUGUCAAAGAACUAUAUUCAUGCUUUAAGAAGCAUUUGUAUUUAAAAAAAAAUUAACUUGACACUGAGAAAUGAAAUUAUUAUUAUUAUUAUUGAAAGACAUUUGGACUGUAAUAAAGAGAACAAUUCCUUAUUGAUUUUUCCAUAUAGAUCUGUCUAUCAGUGAAUAUGUGAUUAUGUAUAGCAAAUCCAAAUAAAUCAAUGUGGUGCUGAUA